AUGACAACGGAGGUCGCGGGUCGCAACAUCGUAGUCGCAGUUGACGAGUCCGAGCAAAGCUUCUACGCCUUGCAGUGGGCGUUUGACCACAUUAUCCGAAAGGACGCCGAUAAGACGAUACUCGUCACAGUGGAGACGCCCAUUACCAGUAGCGCAGGAGCAUUCGCUAUUCCCGAGGAUAACGAGCUGAGCGUGGAGGACGACAAGGAGCAGGAGACGAAGAGCGUCGCUGAGAGGGCCGAGGCCAUCUGCAAGGAGAACCAGGUGACGAGCGUGACAAAGGUGUAUCAGGGCGAGGCGAGGGAGGCGAUCUGCCAGGCGUGUGAGGAGAACGAGGCGAGCAUGCUGGUCAUCGGCAGCCAUGGCCACGGGCCCGUCAAGAGAAGCUUCCUCGGCUCCGUCAGCGACUACUGCUCCAAAUACGCUCGGUGUCCAGUGGUUAGGAAGGUUCCAGGAAAGCCUGCUCGAGCGCCUCUAGCACGCGCAGCAGGCGCUGACGGCUUGUUUGACGGCCAGCGGUUUGUGCUGACGCUGGAAGUGACGGAAGGCAAACAGGCCCAGGCCAAGGACGUCCUAGCUUCGGGCAGGUUCCAUGCCACAGUGCUGCCGGACCUGCCUGCUCCGGCCGGCUUCAGAGAUUUCUUGCAGCUGCCCCUCUCUCUGCUUCCACUCCCCUCCUCUUCCUCUCUUCCUCCUUCCUCCUUUCCCUCUCCUACUCCCUACCCUUCCAAACGUCCUGUCUCCUCCCUCAAACCUGAUAUAGGCACUCUCGAUGCAUCAACUCACAGUCAAGUUAUUCCCCUAGCUGCCAGUGCUGGUAACCCGUCUCUUACAGGCAGCACAACGGGUAGCCAAGCCAAUCUUCAGGAUCCAGACAGCUCUGUUGCGGCUCAGGCGGUUGCCCAGGUGCUGACGGUGGCGGCUCAGGUGAAAACAACAGAGGCGGUGAGGCAGCAGAUGGUGGAGAAGGCGGUUCAGGUGGCAGGGGGCAGGGAGGGCAGCACUCCAGCCCACCCGAUGCGCUCCUGGCCGCUCGUGAAUCGCCUCAUGCCCACAAACUCGCUCCACAUGCUGCGAGACGCUCACAGGCUCCGUGCGGCAGGCCGAAUCCCGCGCUGUGUUCAGUUGUGGGCUGUCGAGAAUCCUAUCACUGGCUCAGUUGACCGCCUGGAACAGAAGCUGGAGGCGGGAGCAGAGGCCAUUGUACUGCAGCCCCCCGUGGUGCCAGAAGCUUUUAAACAAUGGUGGUGUGCGGCUGAACAGAGAGGCCUCACCACAGCAGUCCCCAUCAUCAUAGGAGUGCCUCUCAUCACCUCGGCGCGCAAUCUCGCCUUCUGGAUGCUUCUCACUGACGCCAAGGGCGUUCAAGCCGACGCUGAAGUAGCCAGGUUCUGGCAGGCAGAGGAGCGGGUGGCAGGGACGGGCGUGGUGGAUGUGGAUGAGUUCAGGGCAUUCCGCCAGCACUGGACAGAGCAGUACCUCUCCCUGGCGAAGCAGCUCAAAG